GAGAGCCUGGUCACUCCUCCCUCGGACCUCAGCUCCUCCGACCAGAGUCGCUGCCAGUCCUCUCUCGCUAUGACUUCCUACAGCUAUCGCCAGUCCUCGGCCGCCUCGUCCUUCGGGGGCCAGGGCGGCGGCCUGAUGCGCUUCGGGGUGGGGGGCGCCUACCGCGCGCCCAGCAUCCACGGCGGCUCGGGCGGCCGCGGCGUGUCGGUGUCCUCCGCCCGCUUCGUGUCCGCGUCCUCCUCUGGGGGCUACGGCGGCGGCUACCGGGGCGCCGUGGCCAGCUCCGACGGGCUCCUGAUGGGCAACGAGAAGGUGACCAUGCAGAACCUCAACGACCGCCUGGCCUCCUACCUGGACAAGGUGCGCGCCCUGGAGGCGGCCAACGGCGACCUGGAGGUGAAGAUCCGGGACUGGUACCUGAAGCAGGGCCCCGGGCCGGCGCGGGACUACAGCCAGCACUUCAAGGCCAUCGAGGAGCUGCGGGACAAGAAUCUUGGUGCCACCAUAGAGAACUCCAAGGUUGUCCUGCAGAUCGACAAUGCCCGUCUGGCUGCGGAUGACUUCCGAACCAAGUACGAGACGGAGCUGAACCUGCGCAUGAGCGUGGAGGCGGACAUCAACGGCCUGCGCCGGGUGCUGGACGAGCUGACCCUGGCCAGAGCCGACCUGGAGAUGCAGAUCGAAGGCCUGAAGGAGGAGCUGGCCUACCUGAAGAAGAACCACGAGGAGGAGAUCAGUGCUCUGAGGGGCCAGGUGGGUGGCCAGGUCAGCGUGGAGGUGGAUUCCGCUCCUGGCAUUGACCUAGCCAAGAUCCUGACCGACAUGAGAAGCCAAUAUGAAGUCAUGGCCGAGAAGAACCGGAAGGAUGCUGAAGCCUGGUUCACCAGCAAGACUGAGGAGCUGAACCGGGAGGUCGCUGGCCACACGGAGCAACUGCAGGUUAGCAAGACAGAGGUCACCGACCUGCGCCGGACCCUCCAGGGGCUGGAGAUCGAGCUGCAGUCUCAGCUCAGCAUGAAAGCCGCCCUGGAAGGCACGCUGGUGGAAACAGAGGCGCGCUACGGGGUCCAGCUGGCCCAGAUCCAGGGGCUGAUCAGCAGUAUCGAAGCCCAGCUGAGUGACGUGCGCGCUGACACCGAGCGGCAGAACCUGGAGUACAGGCAGCUCAUGGACCUCAAGACGCGGCUGGAGCAGGAGAUCGCCACCUACCGCAGCCUGCUCGAGGGCCAGGAUGCCUACUACAACAACCUGCUCACCACCAAGACUGCCUGAGCCCAGCAGCUCCUGGGGCUUCCUGCUUCCAGCUGAGGGAUGGAUGCGCCUGGGUGGGGGGAGGGGAGGGGAGGGACCCUUACCCCUGGCUCUUCCUUUGACCUGUCAAUAAAAUGUUAUGGCUCAAGGGA